AUGAAAAACGAAAAAUUGGCCUUCAUCAAGACAUGGAAACUACAGCCAAAACUCCCUCAACUAGUAAGCCUAUCCCUUUUGGCCCUUGUUGCAGUUUCUAUCCACCUGACCCGGAACAACAGCCUAGAAAAUCUUACCCAAGAAAGCCCGGUCAAACUUAAAACCCGGGUCGAAAACGGUUCGGGCACAAUUACGUGCGACUUGUUUUCGGGCACGUGGGUUUACGACAACUUUUCGAACCCGAUUUACAAGGAGCGAAAGUGCCCGUUUAUGGAGGACGAUUUUGCUUGCGAGACGUUCGGAAGAAAGGACUUAAAGUAUCAGAAGUGGAGAUGGCAGCCUCAUGGUUGUGACCUUCCAAGGUUCAACGGCACCGCAUUGCUCGAGAAAAUAAGGGGGAAAAGGCUCGUGUACGUUGGGGACUCCUUGAAUCGAAACCUUUACAAAUCGAUGCUUUGCAUGGUCGAUUCUUUUCUUCCGGCAACAACAAAAAGAACCCUGAAAUUGAAUGGCAACUUGUACAAUUUUCGAUCUCCCGAACACAAUGCAUCGAUCGGAUUCUACUGGUCCCCAUUGCUUGUCGAGUCCAAUGCCGACAAUGCAGAGAGCCAUUCAGUGUGGCCCCGUGUGGCUCGGAUUAAGUCGAUCGAAAAUCACAGUAGGAAUUGGAAUGAUGCGGAUAUAUUGGUGUUCGACUCGUUCGUUUGGUGGACCGGCCCACUCUACAUGAAUAUCUUGUGGGGUUCAUUUGGUAGCCCUGAAGCAUUUGAGAAAAGAGUGACUAAGAAGCUUCUACCCUACGAAAUCGCACUUCGCACUUGGUCGAACUGGGUCGAAAUGCACGUCAACCGAACCAAAACUAAGUUGUUUUUCAUGGGACCCACGGCUUACCAUGAAGGGACAACGAUUUGGGGUGCGGAUCACCGGUGCUUCGGCCUUAAAGAGCCGGUUUUUGACGAGGCAUUUUGGCGAAGCUUCAUGAGUUACGAAAUGAUGCGUAUAUUAGAGUCGACCAUAAAGGACUUGGAGCAACGAGGGGUCAAAGUAGAAUAUCUCAACAUAACCCAAAUGUCGUCUUACAGGGGAGAUGCUCAUCCGGCGAUUAACAGAAUGUUUUGGGGAGUCGACAUUGAACGACGGUUGAAGAAUGAUCCGAUGCAUUUCGUGGAUUGCUUGCAUUGGUGUCUCCCGGGCGUGCCCGAUGUUUGGAAUCAAAUACUCUAUGAUUAUAUUAUGAAAUCUUAA